AUGGGAAGGCUUGUCACAGUUUCUACAUCUAAUUUGAAUAAUUGGGCUCUUGAUUGGGAGGGGAACCUGAAUCGCAUCAAGGAAGCCAUCAAGGUCGCCCAAGAAAAUGGAUCACGCUAUGUCACCACGCCGGAACUGUCAAUUCCUGGAUAUGGGUGUCUCGACCACUUUCUUGAACAAGACACAGUCACGCACAGUUGGCAAAUGCUAAACUCCCUGCUUGUUGACCGCGAACUCGAUGGCAUCAUGUACGAUGUUGGCAUGCCAGUUAGGCAUUCAGGAAAUCUUUACAACGCAAGGAUCGUAGUACUUGAUGGCAAGAUAUUGUUGAUUCGACCCAAGAUGAGCCUCGCGAUGGCUGGAAAUUAUCGAGAAGGGCGAUACUUCAUUCCCUGGUCUGGACCCCAACGCGUCGAGCAGUACGCACUACAUGAGCUUCCCGCUACUGCACGCUCUCUGCAAGAUUCAGCUUUCGUCCCGAUUGGGGACGCCAUCGUGUCUGCCCUCGACUGCUCAAUAGGCUACGAGACCUGCGAAGAGCUGUUCACGCCUCGGGCGCCGCAUAUAGAUUUGAGCUUAGCGGGCGUCGACAUCAUCAUCAAUUCGUCAGGUUCUCAUCAUGAAUUGCGUAAGCUGGAUACACGUCUCGACUUGAUCAGCAUGGUAUUGGUCAAUGGUUCUAUGCUCGCGCAGGUUUCUCAAUUCUCCCUGAAUGAUAUCGAAGUCUGUCACGCCACCAUCGACUUGGAGGAAAUUUGGAGCUUCCGGACGAGUCCGUCGAGGGGCCGACAAGCUGCAUCAGCUCCUCGAUAUGAGCGCUUCAGGGCGGAUUUCCGCCUGUCGUCUGACGGAGACUUUAAUCCCAACAUCCGCCCCACUCCAGUACAGCCGCUCCGCUACCAUCGACCCGAAGAGGAGAUCGCUCUAGGACCUGCAUGCUGGCUUUGGGACUACCUCCGUCGAUCCGGUCAGGCUGGCUUCAUGCUGCCCCUCAGCGGAGGGAUCGAUAGCUGCGCCACCGCAACUCUGGUAUUCUCCAUGUGCCGCCUCGUGUACAAGGCUGUGCAGGACGGCAACAAGCAAGUUCUCAAGGAUGUCCGCCGCAUCGUAGGCCCUUAUCACGGCGAAGACUGGGUACCUACAAGCCCAAAGCAAAUAUGCAACGGCAUUCUUCAUACCGUAUACAUGGGUAUGUCUCAGCAAUCAAGCAAAGAGACCAGGAGCCGUGCCAAGAGGUUAGCCGAAGACAUUGGAUGCUACCAUGUCGAAGCCGACAUCGACGACAUUUUUUUUAAUACGAAGAACGGUAGACCCAAAGGGGGUAGCCUUCUGGUCCUUGCCUCAGGAAACGUCGACGAGUGUCUGCGCGGGUAUCUCACCAAGUACGACUGUAGCAGCGCCGAUCUCAACCCCAUUGGAAGUAUUUCGAAGACGGACCUCAAGAGGUUUAUUGGUUGGGCGGAAAAGGACUUCGAACUACCCAUCUUGGGCGAAUUCAUCGACGCAACCCCAACGGCCGAACUCGAACCACUCACAGAAGACUAUGUCCAGAGCGACGAGGUCGAUAUGGGCAUGACCUACGCAGAACUCGGAGUCUUUGGCAAAUGCCGCAAAGAGCUUAAACUUGGUCCAUACGGAACCUGGGUUCGCCUAGCACACGAAUGGUCCGACAAGUAUACCCCCGCCGAGGUCGCAGUCAAGGUCAAGCGGUUCUUCCACUACUAUGCCAUCAACCGCCACAAGAUGACGACAAUGACGCCUUCCUACCAUGCCGAGGCAUAUUCGCCAGAUGAUAACCGAUUCGACUUGAGGCCUUUCCUGUACCCGCCUUUCUACCAGAAUUGGAGCUUCAAGUGUAUUGAUGAGGAGGUGGCGAAGUGGGAAAAGAAGAAGCUGGAAAGGGAGAAGCUGGAGAAGGCUUGA